GUUUACAUUGACAGUGAAGCAGGGCUUUCGCCAAUCUAAUACACCUGAUUUAUGUUUGGAUUUGAACUCGGUUUUAUCAGGGGAUUGGGAUUUUAUUGGUCAUUUUGGUGUCAUGUGUCAGUGUUCUUAUUUAUUCAAGUAUUUAAACUGAUAUUUCUCGACUUAAUGAAACAAAUCGCAAGUACCUCUUGUCUGCGUAGGUUGACCUGAUUUGGAUGUUGCGAUUAUUUACAAUUUAGAUCAAAGUCAGAAAGUUUAUUCAGUUGAGGAUUUUGUUAUCAAAGAAUUGCCAAAAGAUGGGAGAUGUUGAUAACAUAUCGGGCCCAAUUCUGACCAAUGGCCUAGCGCCGGCCCGCACGCGAAGGUUGGCGGUGGUCCAUCACAGCCACGAUAUCCUCGUGGACACGAACGGAAACAGUGGUCGUCUUGCCCGCCUCUCCGAGGCCUCCCUCGAUGAUCCAGCCAUGGACAAAGAGGAGAAUGUUUCUGAAAUUGAUGAAAACAGUGUGAAUAACAUUGAAAAACAUGAAGCGUUGAUUUUUCAGCAAAUACAAGCAUUAAUUAAGAACGUGCAAGUGUCGGAUUCGCUAGCUGACUAUGUUAACAGAGAAUGCCUUGGUGGUGUUGAUGUCAAUGCCAAUUUAAAAUUCAGACACAGACGCAAAAGCUGUUUUUCACCAAGUACUGGAUCCGGCCUCUCAAAUAUCAUGGAAAAUACCGCAGGAACAGCUAGGCGGAAGUCUGUUUUAGAACAGAAGUCCCUAUCACUACCGAGAACAAGCGUUACAAGCAAUGAACAAAGCAUGCAUUUUGAUGAGAACAGAAACCCUCUUCAUCAGGGCAAAAGGCGAAGAUCGAGUGUCGUAAAUCCCGCUGGUGGACGGAGGAUUAGCGUCGUUUCUUCCAGUGGACCGCGUUCUCGACGAAACAGUGUUCAACAUGUCGAUGGAUCGGCGAUGACAACGACAGGGCGCAGAAACAGUGUUUCCACUACAUGGACGCGUCGUGUCAGUCUUGUGAACGCCUACAAUAACUCUGCCUUUUCUCCGGACAGAAAAAUAAACAGUUGUUCAAAUAAUACCUACGGCCAACCUGAGGGCAAUUCACUGCUGCCUCAGCGGAGACGCAGCAGCGUGAAAACCCCGUGCUUCCCGGUGAUGAAAGUAGUGUGUGUUCACAAACGGUUUCAGCGACUACAUCGGCGGCGGAAGCGCCAGGAGAGGGCGCAGGUUAGUGUAGCCGACGUAAAAAGUGCAUUUAAAGAUAUUCGCAAAGCACAGAACAACGGUUCAAGUGACAGUGGAGAGUGCAGUGAAGUAGAAACUAAUGUAGUCAACAAUACCAAUUUUGCUACAGAUGGUGAAAGGAACAGUUUUUCGAAUGAUGAAAAUCUAGACACAUGUGAGGCAGGAAAUUCAAAAUGCAUCUCAGAGCCACAUGAAGGACGUGUUGAAGAUCCAGAGAGCUUAGAGACGGGAGAUACAUCCCAGGGCCCGGUGCCCGCCCCCCGUCGGAAGACCAGCAUCCAGGUGCGCACGUGGGAACUGUCCAGGAGCUUGCGACAACGCCGCCGAGAGAAGCGGAAGGGAUGUAAUGAAAGCAACUUGAUUUGAUCUCUCUAUCUGAGUUAACGCGGUAUAUGUUCAAGUGAAACAUCCAUGGCUUUGUAAGAUUUACGCUUUAAUACUGAAUGCAUUUUUUGUGUUGAUUUUUAUUACAUUUUGUAAAAAUCAGCUAAAAUCGUUUCGUUCUGUCCUUUGCAAUAAGUGUUUUGUACAUCUAUAAAGUAUAUACAUAUAGUUAUUCUGUAUAAAAUGUCCUUUAACAGUGGUUUAACGACAACAGCACUCCACGCGCUUGCCAGAUUAGUAAAUGGGCUGUGACGUCACUUUGAUCGCUUUAAGAAAUAUUGUGCUUUUUUUAAUGCAUUAAAUAUGGAUUGCAUUUAAAAAAAAAAGAACACUUCAUUUAUUUCCAUAUUCUUAUAUAAUUUGAAGUAGGCAACUAUUCUAUGUAACUAUUUAUUUGAAGACCAAUGUGAUUCAAGUGUGCUGAAAAAUGAGUAAUCAUUCAGGUAUGGAUAUCUCCGAGUAAUAAACGAAUAAGAGAGUUUUGAUAUAUAGUCCCUUAUAACUCAAACUCAGUGGUUUUGUACCGUUUCUUGCAUGAUAAAUUUAACAGUUGUAAACAAUAUAUCUAUCUACCUGUAUUUUUGGUGUUAUUAAAUAUGUUUUCUCAAUGAGAAAUAUUUUUUAUAAUCAAAA